UCGACACUCGAAGGACUGAUUUAAUGAAGAGUGCCUGAAGGCAGCAUGGCAGAGACGAGGGGGGAGACAGGCGCGUGUGUGUGCGCGUGCGCGGCCACCGACGCAGCAGCCCUGCCUUUUAUACCGCUGACGUCCCUCUGCCUCCCUCUUUCUCUUGUCAAUGUGGCUUCUGAAGGGGUUAUCCCAUUUUUCCUCCGUCUUCUUGGUAGAAAAACAAAUGUAAUGUUUCCGGGGAGCCGCUGCUGCUGCUCACCCGGGUGACCUUUCAUUUACCGAAAAAGCUGUUGGAGCCAAACCGAAUGAGAGGAGCUAAGGGGCGGACUGGACCGAGAGGAAGAACCGGAGACUUGACUGGGAGGCUGCACAUCCGCCGCUGUCUUUAAUCCAACCGCAAUUUGCCAUUGAUUUCUUUUCCAAGGCUCCGGACACCUUUCGGUGUUUGAAAUGUCGUGUAAGACGGUUCCUGGUUGUGUUUCCGUGACAGUUUUUUCGUGGGAGCCACCUUUUUGACGUUUGACACCCUGAAAAAUCACAUUAGCUAGCUUAGGGGAAAACUCCCCCUUUUUUCCUCAACUCGACCCGCGGUGGUCGCUCAGAGCCCGCGGCUGUUUUUCCUUUUAUUUCCUACCCUCAUCACUUGCUUCAAUGGUUGAGUUUCCUUUCCUUUCUCACCACAUGACCGAUGCAACUGAAAGUAAACUGAUGACCACCGGUUUUUUUUUAUUACCGAGCCAACCCGUGUGAACCGACAUGGUACGAUAGCGUCUGCGAAGGAUUGGGGGAAAGUGAGAAGCUAGGUGGGGGGUUCAGUCUGGGUUGUUUUUCUUUUUUCUCUGUUGUUGUUUUUCUUCAGAUGAGCCUGGUUUGGUACCAACAACACCAGACAGACAUGAGGUGGAUGUAGUUUGUUUUUUUAUGCAUCAAUUUAAGCUGGAUCACUGUCUUGGUGAUCUGUGCUGCCUUCACGGACUGUGACAAUGAGGAUUGUAUGAGAAGUGAGUCUGUUUUUUUCUGGUCUGAUUGACCGCCAGGCUAAUCUGGGGUGUUCUUUUUAAACCCAGUGUGAACACGAACCUACAGCCCACUUAUUUAUUUUUCUGGUGGACGACGAAGCGCACUCAGGGACGAACAUGUCUUUACGCACGGCACUGCCUGGGAACGAGCGGAACCCGGACCAUCAUACCUCCCUGUCAGCCAGCCGCUCAGAGAAGGGUACCGGCUGGUCGAGCCGCUCGCUUGGUGCCCGAUGUCGUAACUCCAUCGCCUUGUGUUCAGAUGAGCAGCCACACAUUGGAAACUAUCGGCUGCUCAAAACCAUCGGCAAGGGCAACUUUGCCAAGGUCAAACUAGCACGACACAUACUGACUGGCAGAGAGGUUGCAAUAAAGAUCAUCGAUAAAACGCAACUCAACCCAACCAGCCUACAGAAGCUGUUUCGAGAGGUACGCAUCAUGAAAACUCUCAACCAUCCUAACAUAGUGAAGUUGUUUGAGGUGAUUGAGACUGACAAGACUCUUUACCUGGUCAUGGAGUACGCCAGCGGAGGCGAAGUGUUCGACUACCUCGUGGCUCACGGCAGAAUGAAGGAGAAAGAGGCCAGAGCCAAGUUCAGACAGAUUGUCUCUGCAGUGCACUACUGUCAUCUGAAGAACAUUGUUCACAGAGACUUGAAGGCAGAGAACUUGCUACUAGACGCCGACUCCAACAUCAAAAUAGCUGACUUUGGCUUCAGCAACGAGUUCACUGCGGGCAGUAAACUGGACACAUUCUGCGGCUCUCCGCCAUAUGCCGCCCCAGAGCUCUUCCAGGGGAAGAAGUACGACGGUCCAGAGGUGGACAUCUGGAGCCUGGGUGUCAUCUUAUACACACUGGUCAGUGGGUCCUUACCCUUUGACGGACAGAACCUAAAGGAGCUGCGGGAGCGUGUUUUGAGGGGGAAAUAUCGUGUCCCCUUCUACAUGUCGACAGACUGCGAGGCAAUCCUGCGCCGCUUCCUGGUCCUCAACCCUUCCAAGCGCUGCUCGCUGGAGCAAAUAAUGAGAGAUAAGUGGAUUAAUGUCGGCUAUGAUAGUGAUGAGCUGAAGCCCCACAUAGAGCCUGAGGAGGACUUUAACAACACAAGCCGCAUUGAUGUGAUGGUUGGGAUGGGCUUUACCAGAGAUGAGAUCAGAGAUUCGCUGUCUAGUCAUAAGUACAAUGAGGUCACCGCCACGUACCUGUUGCUGGGACGCAACAAUGAGACGGAAGGCAGUGAGUCUCGGUCGGGCAGCAGUCUAAGUCUAGCUCGAGUCCGACCCAGCGCCAUCACCAACGGAACCAGCAAACACACCACUUCAUCUUCUGGGGCAACUUCUUCCUCCUCUGGCCACAAGGCACAGCGCAGCGCCUCCACUUACCACCGCCAGAGAAGACACUCUGACUUCUGUGGUCCAGCCGUUCCAGGGUCGACACAUCCCAAGCGGAGUCCCAGUGGAGUAGGCGAAGGCGCAGGGCUUAAGGAGGAGCGGCUGUCAAGCCGCAAGCCGAGUACUAGUACUGUUGGCUCCCGUAGCAUCCCAACCCCUUCCAGUCCCAUGGUUAGCUCCGCUCACAACCCAAAUAAGGCUGAGAUACCCGACCGACGCAAGGAAGUUAAUGCAACUACAAAUAACAUCCCUGCCAGUGCCAUGACUCGAAGAAACACGUAUGUCUGUACGGACCGAUCCAGCACUGAUAGACACAUGCUGCUGCAAAAUGGCAAGGAAAACAGUUCCAUAUCCCACCGCCUGCCCCCCGCCUCCCCCUCAACCCAUAGCAUUGCUGGUGCCUCUGGGGCCUCCUCCUCGUCCUCGACGCCCUCCUCUCGCCUCUCAAGGGGAUCCACGGUGAGGAGCACCUUCCAUGGAGGGCAGAUCAGAGACCGACGCCCUCCCUCCCAUGCUCCCCCAGCCUCCCCGACGCCGUCCCAUGACGCCAGCCCGCUGCCCCACGCCAGGACCCGGGCCACAACCAACCUGCUAAGCAAACUCACCUCCAAGUUGACCCGCAGGGUCACUCUUGACCCUUCUAAACGUCAGAGCUCAAACAAGUCCAUGUCGGGCUGCACCCUCCCACAGGGGACAAAAACAGUUAACGAACCUGAGAGAAUCAGCAGAUCUCCGGUCACAAGUCGCCAUCUAUCUGGGCAUCAGAAAGCGGCCGAGCCCCGGACCCCCCGAUGCGGCUGGGAUGUGAGGGUGCGGAGCCCCCGAGACCCGGCUGAGGUGGUGCUAGCGUUGCGUGAGGCAGCGCAAGGCUGCGGCUGCCAGGUCCACCUGGCCGGGCCUUUCCUCCUGUCCUGCACCCACGGAGCAGCCGGCGCCCGCGUGGCCUUUGAGGCCGAGGUCUGCCAGCUGCCCAGCGGGCUGGGCCAGAGCAGCGGUGUAAGGUUCAAGCGUCUGUGGGGGGCGCCGUUAGCCUUUAGAGACAUCGCCACCAAAGUGUCCAAGGAGCUGGAGCUCUGAGGGCGACUGGAGGCGGGGCAGAUUGAUAACAGACAGGACAGGCUGAUGAAUUAGAAGGGAUGAGGAGGAGGAGAAGGAAAAAACCAUCACCUCCUCCUCUUCCUCCCUGGGCUCCACCUCAUCCGAUGCGGCUAGCGGUGCCUCGCCUCCCCCACGGACCCUCCUCUUCUGAUGCCACCAAUCACAGCCAGACAAACGGAUGCACAGACAUGGAUAGACCGCCAUCGGCAGACUUACGAUGACCCUUGACCUUGGAGCUGUCAGUGACCUACAACCCCUGCUUGAAACACGCCACCACCUCCAUAUUAUACGAGCCCAUGGAGUCAGGUUUUUUUUUUUUUUUUUUUUUUGUGGUCAUGUUUGAUGAUGAUGAGGAUGGUGUUGCUGAGAAUGAUGGCGAUUGCUAAACUGUUGUUGUUGACAUUGUUAUUCCUAUUGUAUCAUAUUUGUUGUCGACAUUCCUUUUUAAAGAGCUGCUAUUUAAAGAAAUGUUUUUAAUUUUUGUGUAUUAAGUUUAUUUUCUUUCUUUAAUGCUUUUAAGAUGGGCAGAAAUUUGACAUCUGUUGUCAUUUCUCAGAAGCAGACGUCACAUAUUUCAGAAGUGAGGUUGCAGUCCGACCUCCGGCCUCUAGAGGGAGACAUGCAGAAAUGCAGAGACUUGUGACAGACUGAGUGAAGCAUCACAGCCUUUCUUCCCAUCCAUUGAUAACACCCAUUCAUUGUUCAGUUGGGAUUUUAAUGUUUGUUUGUACCUUUUCUGGUAAAAUGUUUCUCUGCCUGCUGUCAUUAUCUCCACUGUGUAUUGACAACAGGCAGGUGAGCUGCUUACAGAGGAGCAAAGCUGCCUAAUAAUACAGGUGCUGGCCAAUAACCUGAUCAUUUGAGCAUGCUCUGCGCCUUACAUAUACUCUACUUCGCCCAGUGUUUGUCACUUAAAAGUUGGUUUUAAAGUGCAAAGUAGAGAUUAUUUCUACGAAAAAAUUGAUCCCCAUGAGGAACUGUGGUUUGAUUGAGUUCUUAUUACACAACAGGAUGUCUCAGCUCGCCCUGUACUUAUUUUACAGGAGUUCUUGAUUUGAAGUUGAAUGUGCGCAGGAAUAAAAAACAAGCUGCUUUACAUUUAUUUUACAUGAGAGGCCUCCACUGAGCAGGCUUUCACUGAGUGCUCAGACAACUGAAAGAAUAAAAUCUGUACCAAAAAUGGUUAAAUAUUUGAUUAUAAAAAGUUCAUCAAAUCAGAUGUUGUACUGAUUACAGGCCAAGUAGCAUCGCUUUCUGGUGCCAUGCCAUUGUCCUGAUGUCCCAAAAUUCUGAAGCCCCAUGAGUCGAAAAAUGUCCCAUUUGAUCGAAAGCCCAUUUCUCCAACAGCCCAUUAUCCCAAAACCAAAUGACCAUUGCUCUAAAAUCCAAUUUCUCCGAAAAUACACACUUUCUGCAGUUAGUUUCAGUUUAGCAGCGUUUGAGCCACCCACUCCUGGCGUUUUUACUGACGCUCCACAGCGUUUCCCAGGGGCACUUGAGCCACUGAGCCUGGGUAUUUUUCAGCAACCCAUCCCUGAUUUUCUAGAAGUUUUGUGCCACCAAACAUGGGUGUUUUAAGCCAAAACAUGAUCUUUUCCUAACAAUAGCUGUUGGUUAACCACAUGUUAACCACAACAUUGUUGAAAAAACGUUAAGUUCCAACGUGUCCACUGCACAAUAAUGUACAAAUGUAACAUAUGUGGUUUACAGAAAUGUCAAUGGCCAACAUUUCCUCUUGCGACUAGGUUGUCUAACUGCAGAGUAUGCAUUUGUGGAGAAUCGGGUUUUUGUGGCAAAGGAGCUUUUGUUUUUGGGAUAACGGGCUGUUGGAGAAAUGGGCUCUCAGUCCAGUGGGACAUUUUUCAGACUUGGGGGCUUAGGAAUUUUGGGCCGUCAGAACAAUGGACUGUCCCCAGAUUUUUACUCUGAGGAUCACAGUUUUUAUCUGAUGUGAUGGAAAGUCAACACAGUAUGAUACAAUAAAAUACACAUCCUCACUCCUUUCCUCACGAGGCCAAUACAGACAUGAGGCUCAAACGUUUUUUCUUGUUGGAUGUCCAACAGUUGGAAGUUAAGCAGCCACAGAUUUGAACCCAGUAAAGGCAGUGCAUUUUUUGUAAGCUGACUUUCAAGCUUUUUCAGUAUUUUUUUCAAUGAUCUCUUCAUCUAAAAACACAUGACCACAGUAGCUUAUAUUGGUUUAGAGUAAAUGGAGGAGAUGGUUUUUACUGGUAGCACUUAAAAAUACCACAGUCUGUUCGAACACCACCGCCAUCACUUUCCUCAAAUGUAGUGCAAUAUAGCCACAAAGCCAAGAAUCUAGACUUGAAGCAUCGACUCAACAGGGCUCCUUGUUUGGUUUAUUUUUAAGUUUUUUUGUAUUGCUGAUAUGUUUUUAAAAUUCAUUAAGCACUUUUUUUUUUUUUUGCUUUUUAGCCACAACUUCAUCGUACUGUACUGGCAAAGUUGUAAAUUAAAGUGGAAAUAGACACUUAUGAAGUAAAUGGUUGCACAGUGUCAUGGCUGUACAAUAAUGAUUGUAUUGUAUAAGCGUUUUGAUUGGUUCCGGUUCCCUAUACGCCUCACUUUUACCAUAUAAUUCUGUCUGCCAGUGGGUACGAUCUCCCGGGAAAAUGACAGCUCAAUUUACAGCACGAAGGAAGUGCAUUAAGCAAAACAGGAAGAGGAUAGCGCUUUUGUUACCAAAGAGUAAGAGUAAGUUCUCUGCAGUUAUUAUCCCCAGUGGUAGAAAUGGCGGACACUGGAACAACCGAAGUAAAUGUGGAAACUGGUAUUUGCUGAGCUCUGAAGGAAAUGGAAAGAAGAACUGUUGUCUUUGUGACAGUGAUGCCAUCAAUAAUACCACUUGGAAAUGAUAGAGGGUUAAAAGUUAAAAAGUUGUCCGUUUCCACUUUAAGUUGUAUUGUUCCUUUGUAAAUUGUUUUUUAAAAAAAUCACACUGUCUCACACAUUUAAAGCCCACUGAAGUGAAAAAUUCACAUUCUCAAUGGCCCUCCUUCCUGAGCUUACAUGUAACUCCUAAUAAAAAAACUGCGGUACAGUUAUCCAAAAUGGCGACCUGUCUCCAUGAAGUUUUCUCAGGUUUAAAGCUACAGCAGUUUUUUGUCACUUUACUUAAACUGUAGCUGUAUCCUGUCAGUAGUAAAUGAGAAAUAUCUGUUGAAAGAAAAAAAAAAUAGUUCAUGUUCGUCUGGCUCCUCGUAGUGCUCCUGUGGUCGGAGGGUAAGGAGCUCCCAGACCUCCAUUGUGUUCCCAGUUUGCAUACAUUUUCAGCUGCUGUUCUUCUUGUUUGGGUUAACCGCCAACAGCUACUUUUCUCCUGUGGUGAGUCCCACACUUAACACGUCAUCAAAACCCCACACCUGUGCCGUCCAUGAUCCCUUCCUGUCGGCUGUCUUGUUUAUACAGACCUCGCUCUGGUGCGGUUAGUACCUGUGAUGCCAGCUUAAAGGCGAGACAACUCUGUCUCCCCAUUUUGCGACUGUACCUUGAACGGCAUAACGGCACAGCAUACUGUAACAACAUGAAAUUCCGGCCUUGAAGAGACAGUUUAUAUGGGCCUUGAGAGAGCAUGUGUGGUGGAGGGGGGCUGCAGAGCGUAACUCCCCCUGGCUCUGAUUGGUUGUUUUUGUUCAGGCAUAACGUAUUCUUGCAAAUCAUAUUAGGAACACCAGGAGGAGCCAGAGGAACCUGAUUUUUUUUUUCUCCACAGAUUAUCUGUCCCAUGUACUACUUGAGUUGUAGCAAAUAUGACAAAAACUUGUUUUGUGAAAUGAUCUACUGUAGUUUUAACAGUUUUCUUUCCUCCAAUAUUACAUGUAUUCUAAGUUCUUGACCUCAGCAACACUUUUGAUCUAUAGAGACAGUAAACUUUUCCCUAUGUCAACCAAUCAGGCUGCAGCACUGCAGAGACGUGUAUGACUGUUGACCAAUCAGAUUACAGUAUUACUGUCAGUGGUGUAUGACUGUUACAACGUGAUGAGGCGGUGGUUUAAGAUGAAUGACCUUUGAGAAAUUCUUCAUCUAUAAAAUCACUUUGCUGCUCAUUACAGAACAAAGUGACCAAGAUUCAACAAAAACACACACACUGAGCGCUCCAUUGAUUAUGUGAAGACACUGACGACUCCAAAAUCAAAAGGUUGUUGUACUUGUAUUGUAACUCUAUAAAGCCAAGCAAUUAUAACUUGUACUUCUAAAGUAUGCAGCAACUUACAAAACACUGAUAUGUAAAAGGAAAGAUAGAUUUCUGAUCUUUACGGCUGUAAGGUCUGCAGAAAUGUAUCUGUUUAAUGGGAGAUUUCAGCCGCAGCAGGUAUCCACCACUGUCUGAAAAUGUGAAGCUGUGAUUUAGGGCUAGUUUUUGCAAUUUUCUUUUUGUGUACAACUGGGCCUCGCUCUCUGAACCUGUUCUGUAGAUACAGUUAGGGCCACGCUUUAAGGCUACAGUUCUGUUGUAUAGUGUGUUUGAAGCUGUUGCUGUUAUCAAGAAAACUUAAGUUAUGGGCUAAAAA